ACUCCUGGUUACGCACCGCCCGCCCUGCGAGGUGGUCCGCAUGGGAAGGCUGACCCUCGGCGUCACGACGGGAUUAUGCAGCAGUCCAAAAUCUUUUACCCCCAUCCGGAGACAUACGCCCCCCGGCCUCUAGACCGACCGGACCCCCAGCCGAACCGACCUUUCCCGGCAUUUGUCCUGCCGGAAAACCUUGCUUCCAUAGGGACACCCAGUUUGUACCAUCCUGGCAACCAAGAGAAAGAGCUUUUCGCGACGCCCCCGGCAGGCUUCCACAUGGCUCCAUGCGGCUGUUUUUUCGACCCCCGGAUCUACCGCAUCGAGUGGGCGACGGCCAACUUUCUCCAGCCUCCGGUGUACAAGUUGUCUGGUGGGCCAACUCCCCAAAACCCGUACCUCCUGGAUGGCCAGAAAUACCUCAAGAACCCCAUCCAACCCGGGCCCUAUCCGGCUUACCCAGGGAUCGGCAGCAAUCCCCCUUUUGUUCUGCCAUUCUUCAAGGCAGAGGCCCCCACGGCUCCUGGCAUGGAUGGCUUUGUUGGGCCCCCAGACCCUGGACCCCGGUUUACGGAUCUGGUCCGUUUCCCCCGCGAGGGCCUGGCAUCCAGCAGAGAGCACAAGCUCCCCGGGGUGGCCCCCGAGUCCAAUCGGAAGGAGCCGUCUAUAGAGCCCACCGGUGCUUACGAGCCUCUUGAAGGCCGGCAAGAGUUUGGCAAGGAUUUGGCCUUCCAAGCAGAAGAGGAAGGGCCGUCGAAAGAGUGCGAGGCGGUCCAGGAUUUGAUCCGGAAUGUGGCGAUGGCUGUGGUACGGUCCAAAGACCCAUCCCCUCUCGGUGAGCCUGGAGCAGACGUAACGGCAGAAGGGGAAGGCUCUUUCGACUUAGAAAAAGCUGAGCCCGACGGAGAGCCAGGCGAGUCCUUCACGCUCCCCGACGAAGUUCUCCUGGAGGUCGCCAUGAAACUCUUUGAUUGCUCUCCGGCCAACUCGGACACGGAGGUAUCACUGGACAGCCUGACCGAUGGCGGCCGGAGCAGUUCCUCUGGGGAAGACAGCCCGAAGGACGGGGGCUUCUCGGGGGAAGAUUCGCCCAGCGACAUCCGCUCCCUCAACCUCCCCAACGAGCUCUUGUCUUUCGACUACAGCGUGCCCGAAAUCCUCAGCACUGUCACUAGCUUGGAUUACCUCUACGACGUGAGUGCCUUUCGGGAGGAAACCCAGUGGGACUCCGGGCCAGUCUCCCUGCCUUUUGCCCCCAAAUCUUUGGAGCCCAGCAUGGGAUCCGAGGAGAAACUCAAGAAAAACAAGCCGGCGGCUGGCAAACCAAAACCGGCACUCGCACAGGGGGACAUCGGAGAGCACCAAGAGUAGAAGCCACUGCACUGGACGUCUGACCCCCCCCAAAACGGACUUAAAGCGGACCUGGUGUUCUAGCCCUUGAUCACGUUUGGGGGGGCCCUGCUAAAUCUCAAAGUCCUUGCCAUUUUAUCUAUUAAAAAGAAAGAGUGCUUUUUAGAAAUCCAA